AUGAACUUGAGGCAAAGACCAGUACCCACUCGCGGACGUGGGAAUCCAGACGCGCCGCCACAUGCGACGAGGCAUGAGGAGCCGUAUAACAUAAUCCCUAUACACAGUUUACUUUCUGAUCAUCCAUCUCUUCGGUACCCGGAAGUGAGAGCGGCUGCUGAUGCUCUACGCGCCGUCGGGGACCUCCGUCGGCCGCCGUUUAGAGAAUGGCGAGAUGGGAUGGACCUUCUGGAUUGGCUCGGUGCUUUUUUCGGGUUUCAAAACGACAACGUUCGGAAUCAACGGGAGCAUCUCGUUCUCCACCUUGCCAACGCCCAAAUGCGGCUCUCCCCGCCGCCAGCCAUCGCUGAUAACCUCGACCCUGGUGUUCUCCGGGAAUUCCGUCGGAAACUUCUUAAGAAUUACAAGUCAUGGUGCUCUUUCCUCCGACGAAAAUCACAGGUUCGCCUCCCACAUUUCCGUCAAAACCCCGACACCCACCGCCGGGAACUUUUAUACGUAGCUAUGUACCUACUCAUCUGGGGUGAAGCCGGGAAUCUCCGAUUCACACCAGAAUGUCUCUGCUACAUCUACCAUCACAUGACCAUGGAAUUAAACCAAGUUCUCUCCGGCGACACAGACGUCAACACCGGCCGUCCUUUCAAUCCCUCCAUCUCCGGCGAAAACGCGUUUCUGAACAAAAUCAUCACCCCGAUUUACAAAACAAUUAAAACGGAAGUAGACAGAAGCAGAAACGGAAAAGCCCCACAUUCAGCCUGGAGAAAUUACGAUGACAUAAACGAAUUCUUCUGGAGUCGCAAAUGCUUCAAGAAACUUAAAUGGCCAUUAGAUCUCUCCUGCAACUUCUUCAUAGACGAUCCAAAAGCCAUAAAUCGAAUCGGUAAAACCGGAUUCGUGGAGCAACGAACAUUCUGGAACAUCUUCAGAAACUUCGACCGAUUAUGGGUUUUGCUCAUCUUGUUCUUCCAAGCCUCCAUGAUUGUAGCCUGGAGAGAAACACAGUUUCCAUGGCAGGCGCUUGAAGAUCGUGAUGUACAAGUUGAAUUACUCACAAUCUUCAUAACAUGGGCUGGUCUUCGAUUCGGUCAAUCAAUUCUCGAUGCAGGAACACAAUACAGUCUGGUUUCAAAAGAUUCAAAACUUCUUCUCUUUCGUAUGAUCAUGAAAUCAUUAGUAUCGUUAACAUGGGUCAUCGUCUUCACCAUCUUCUACAUCCAAAUCUGGAUCCAAAAAAACUCAGAUGGGCAGUGGUCCGAUGCCGCCAACGAUAAAAUUAUCGUGUUCUUAAAAUCCGGAUUAGUCUACAUCAUUCCAGAAGUCCUCGCAUUGCUUCUUUUCAUCAUCCCAUGGGUUAGAAACUUCAUUGAAGAAACCGAUUUCAUACUUUUCGACAUGCUAACAUGGUGGUUCCAUUCCCGACUCUAUGUAGGACGAGGUUUACGCGAAGGUUUAGUCAACAACAUCAAAUACACACUCUUUUGGAUCAUCAUAUUACUCUCAAAGUUCUCAUUUUCUUACUUUCUUCAAAUUAAACCACUCGUGGCCCCCACCAAAGCCCUAUCAAGCCUCCGGCUCGAUAGAUACAACUGGCAUGAGUUCUUCAGUAACACAAACCGAAUGGCGAUUGUUCUCGUUUGGGCACCCGUUGUUUUAAUGUAUUUAGUUGACAUGCAGUUAUGGUACACGGUUUUUUCGGCUCUAGUCGGGUCGAUUGUCGGGUUGUUUUCUCAUUUGGGCGAGAUCCGGAACAUCGAGCAGUUAAGGUUAAGGUAUCAGUUUUUCGCGAGCGCGUUACAGUUUAAUUUGAUUCCGGAAGAUUUAUCCGUGACGGCUAAAGAUUCUCUUGUUCAAAAGCUUCGUAACGCGAUUCAUCGGGUCAAACUCCGGUACGGGCUCGGUCAACCGUUUAAGAAACUUGAAUCGAGUCAAGUUGAUGCGAGAAGAUUCGCGUUGAUUUGGAAUGAAAUUAUAUUCACAAUGAGGGAAGAAGAUCUAAUUAGUGAUAGAGAGGUGGAGCUCAUGGAGUUGCCGCCUACCUGUUGGGGGAUCAUGGUGGUCCGGUGGCCGUGUGUCCUUUUGGGUAAUGAGCUCAGCCUUGCACUCAACCAGGCCAGUGAACUUUCCGGUGCACCGGACCGCUGGGUUUGGUUCCGGAUUUGUAACAGCGAGUAUCGCCGGUGUGCAGUGAUCGAGGCGUAUUGUAGUAUCCGGUAUUUACUACCCGAAAUCAUUGAAAAAAGAUCCGAAGAAUACGGGAUUGUUAAACGGUUAUUUGAUGAAAUCGACCAUUAUGUUUCUAUUGGCGAGUUUAUGAAAUUUUAUAGAUCGCAAAAGCUCCCGAUGAUUCACACAAAUUUGAUCAAUCUUGUUGAAACUUUGAUGGCACCGGUUCAAAACAUGAACAAACUUGUUGACAUUUUGCAAGCGCUUUAUGAGAUCAUGGUUAAAGAGCUCCCAAAAACUAAAAAGCCCGCGUUCCAAUUGAUUGAAGAAGGUUUUGCCCCGAGGAACCCUGCAAAAACCGAAGAGGGUUUACUUUUCGUGAACAAAGUCCGGUUUCCAAAACCCGAAGACGCGUUUUUUCACCGACAGUUACGGCGGUUGCACACGAUUUUAAAAUCCCGGGACUCGAUGCGGAACAUCCCGAGAAACAUCGAGGCCCGGAGACGGAUUGCGUUUUUUAGCAACUCACUUUUCAUGAACAUCCCGCGGGCCCCACAAGUCGAGAAAAUGAUGGCGUUUAGUGUUUUGACUCCGUAUUAUGACGAGGAUGUUUUGUAUAAGAAAGAAGCGCUUCGAAGCCCGAACGAUGACGGGAUUUCCACUUUGUUUUAUUUGCAGAAAAUAUACGAAGACGAGUGGGAGAAUUUUAUGGAAAGAAUGCGUGGAGAUGGGAUGAAAGAUGACAAUGAAAUUUUCACUACAAGAACACGCAACCUUCGUGUUUGGGCCUCGUAUCGGGGCCAAACUUUGGCCCGAACCGUUCGGGGAAUGAUGUAUUAUUAUCGGGCUUUGAAAAUUCUCGCGUAUCUUGAUUCGGCUUCUGAAGUGGAAAUCAAACAAGGUUCACAAACUGUAGAUUACCGGGCGGGUUCAUGGGGUUUGAACCGGACCGUUAGCGAGACCGGGUCAGCAAUUAUGAAGUUUGUAUACGUUGUUGCGUGUCAGAAUUACGGGUCCCAGAAGCAAAAAGGCGAACCACAAGCAGAAGAUAUCGCGAUUUUAAUGAAAAACAACGAGGCUCUUCGGGUCGCUUAUGUGGACGAGGUUCGUUUAGGUCGGUCUGAAGUCGAGUAUUAUUCGGUUCUUGUAAAGUACAAUGAGCACUUAAAGAAAGAAGAAGAAAUUUACCGUAUAAAAUUACCGGGCCCGAUGAAACUUGGGGAAGGAAAGCCCGAGAACCAAAACCACGCCAUAAUUUUCACGCGUGGCGAUGCGUUACAAACAAUCGACAUGAACCAAGAUAAUUCGUUCGAAGAAGCCUUGAAAAUGCGAAACCUUCUAGAAGAAUUCAAAGUCAACCACGGGAUCCGAAAACCGACAAUCCUAGGAGUCCGCGAAAACAUCUUCACGGGGUCCGUCUCCUCGCUCGCAUGGUUCAUGUCAACGCAAGAAAUGAGUUUCGUGACACUCGGUCAACGGGUUCUCGCGAACCCGUUGAAAGUCCGUAUGCAUUACGGGCAUCCGGACGUGUUCGACCGGUUUUGGUUCUUGACACGUGGCGGAAUCAGCAAAGCCUCAAAAGUAAUCAACAUUAGUGAAGACAUAUUUGCGGGUUUCAAUUGCACCUUACGUGGUGGAAAUGUAACACAUCAUGAAUACAUUCAAAUCGGAAAGGGUCGGGAUGUCGGGUUGAACCAAAUUUCAAUGUUUGAGGCCAAAGUCGCGUCCGGAAACGGCGAACAAGUUUUGAGCCGUGAUGUUUAUCGGUUGGGCCACCGGCUCGACUUCUUCCGGAUGUUGUCAUUUUUUUACACGACAGUCGGGUUUUAUUACAACACAAUGAUGAUGAUUGUUAUGGUUUAUACUUUCUUGUGGGGCCGGCUUUAUCUCGCGUUGAGUGGGGUCGAGGGGGCAGCUAUGGACAACACAAAGUAUAACAAAGCAUUUGGGGCGAUUAUAAACCAACAAUUUGUAGUCCAAAUCGGGGUUUUCACCGCUUUACCAAUGAUAGUUGAAAACUCGUUAGAACACGGGUUUUUAUCCGCUGUAUGGGACUACCUAACGAUGCAGUUGCAACUCGCUUCGGUUUUCUUCACUUUCUCAAUGGGGACCCGCAGCCAUUACUUCGGGCGUACCAUAUUACACGGUGGGGCGAAAUACCGGGCCACGGGUCGCGGGUUUGUUGUUGAACAUAAAAAAUUCGCGGAAAAUUAUCGAUUAUACGCGCGAAGUCAUUUCGUGAAAGCAAUUGAACUCGGGGUGAUUUUAACAGUUUACGCGUCCAACACCCCGUUAUCCGUAUCGAAUUUCAUUUACAUAAUUUUGAAUAUUUCGAGUUGGUUUUUAGUGGUUUCGUGGAUCAUGGCUCCGUUUGCGUUCAACCCGUCGGGUUUUGACUGGUUGAAAACGGUUUAUGACUUCAAGGAUUUUGUUAGAUGGAUUUGGUAUUCGGGCGGGUCGUUAGCGAAAGCGGAUAUUAGUUGGGAGACAUGGUGGUAUGAAGAACAGGAUCACUUGAGAACAACCGGUUUAUGGGGGAAAUUGUUGGAAAUAAUUCUCGAUUUAAGAUUCUUCUUUUUUCAAUAUGGUGUUGUUUACCAUUUGAAAAUCGCAAACAAUAGUACGAGUAUUGUUGUUUAUUUGAUUUCGUGGGUUUUUAUGAUCGCUGCGGUUGCGGUUUAUAUUGUGAUCGCGUAUGCGCAAGAUAAGUUUGCGGCGAAAGAGCAUAUAAAAUACCGGCUUGUUCAGCUUCUUGUGAGUUUUGUGAUUGUGGUUGUGGUUUUGACGCUUUUGGAGUUUACUAAAUUGACGAUUUUGGACAUGUUUUCGAGUGUUUUGGCGUUUAUACCGACUGGUUGGGGGAUUAUAUCGAUUGCACAAGUUUUGAGGCCGUUUUUGGAAAAUUCAAUUGUUUGGGAUACGGUUGUUUCGUUGGCUCGGCUUUAUGAUAUGUUGAUUGGAAUAUAUCCAGGAUUCUUACUGGGAAGAAUAUUAAUUUGGAGUCGUGAUAUCGAGGGUUUUGGGUGUAAGAAUGACGAUAAUGUCCUUGAAUUCAUCAAGCUGCUCACCAUGGGAGCCAUUUUUGCAUCCUUAUUUCGUAUCGUUAAAUAUUUGUUUUUUUUUUUGAUGUUUUGAACAUAAUUGUAGGGUGUUAGCCUUAGUGGUUAGAAUUUUGCAGUUAAAUAUGUACAUAUUUGUGUAGGUGGUGCUCAUUGGUCAAAUUGUAGUGAAUAGCAACGUACUUUCUGCCAAUGUACUUUUU